AUGAGGCAUAUCCUGGUCUUCCUAGCUUGUGUCACCGCUUCUCACGCGUGUACAUGUGCUCCCUUCUCGUCGCUGGAGGAAGAAUUUUGUUUUUCUGAUUUUGGUGAGAUUGUGUCGCAUGUGAACGUGACAGGAAGAAUCGAGCCCAACUCUACUGAUUUCCAAUUCUUUUACAUCUACUCUGUCCAACAUAUUCGGAUAUACCGAAAUCCGUCUAAUACAACCGAACUAUCGGACAGAUGCUAUAACCGCGCACCAGUCGGCAGCCUUGUGGGAUAG